ACUUGAUCCGGAUUAUUUUGCGAACAUUCAGAUCAUGAUCUAGUUGACUAAUCGGGUUUGGGGGGCACGUAUCAUGUGUCUUAUCUUUAUUCCAGAUAAGUGUAAUAGUGUUAUUUAUCUAUUUUUGUUUAACAGUUGAAAUAGAGAUAUUACCGAAGUUUUAUUUAAAAUGAAAAUUUUUAUAUUUUCCGUCUUAUUUGUUAGUGUUUCUUCCUAUAUUCAUGAAGAUAAGUUAUGUACUGAUAAUUUCAUAAGAGAUGCUUGUACUGAAAUCCAAAGAAAUAGAAUUUAUGAAUGCUUAGAAGUUUAUUCCAAAGUUGAAUGUUUAUUAAAUAUUGACCAGGGUAAACAUCAGUUUGCUAUUAUUGAUCCAGAACAGGCACUUCUAGCAAAUACUCUGGUAUCUGAUAAUGUUGUAGUCCUUGCUGAAGUUGUUUCGAAAAAAUCUCCUUAUCAAACAGUUGUGGUGGUUCGAAAAUUUUAUAAUAACAGUUUUGAAAACUUGAGAGGAAAACGUCUAUGUCAUCCUGGUUUUAAACACGACGAACUUGUAACAAAAUUUGUUUUAAACGAAUUGGAAAAUCGAAUAAUUGAUGGAAAUACUACAUUUUGUAAUGAUUCUACUUCUAUUUUGGAAAAAGAAUUGGGUGUGCUGAGUAAUUUUUUUGGUAAAAGUUGUCGUCCUGGUCCAUGGACAGAUGGUGAUGAUGAGUUGGAUGCACGACUCAAAGAAAAAUAUUCUAACUUAUGUGAACUCUGUGGCACUCAGAAAUGCGAAACUGAGUAUAGAACACCUUUCAACGAUACCUUAAAGUGUCUUGUUCAAAAUGGAGGAGAUGUAGCCAUCUCCAGCCUUUCUGAUGCCUUAAUAUUUUUUAAUAGCUCGGACAAUGCAGAAAACUUCCAGUAUUUAUGUCCUAAUGGUUCUGCUAGUAGUUCGUCAGCUCCUUGUACAUGGACAAACCAAUUGAAUAGGCUUAUAAUAACAGAAAAGAGUGUUACCAAAGAGCUGGAGGAUUUUCUGACGACUAAUAUGCCACAUCACUUGAGUCCACUCACAAAUCAAACAAUUAUGAGAACUAAUUUAGAAGAUUCGCUACAAUUAGUCCUGAAAAUGAGUAAAGUCGAUCAGAUCUAUUUUAUUGAACCUGUCUCACUCACAACUUAUGUAAAAGCAAAAAGAUCUAGUCAGAUAAUAACAAACAAUUCUUUCUGCGAUGAACAAAUUAACUGGUGUACAUCAAAUGAUGUGGAACAUCAAAAAUGUCUUUGGCUUCAACAGGCAAGCCUCAUUUAUGGACUGCAACCUGUUAUAAAAUGUGUACAAAGUCAGGAUGUUGACCCAAUUUCUUGUUUAAGUGAUAUACAAAGUGGAAAGUCAGAUCUCGCUUAUAUAGAUUUCUCUUUUGGGUACACUGCUGCAAAAAAAGACUUAAUUGGUAUUGCUUACCCUGAAAUAAAUCCAGAAAACUUAGCAACUAUUGUAAUAGUCAUCCGAAAUGACACCACCAAUAUCAAAACUUUGAAAGAUUUGAAAGGAAAGUCCGCCUGUAUUCCACAAUACGGCGGUAAAGAAUGGUUGACCUUCAUUGACACCUUAAUAUCCAUGAGAGUUCUCCAAGAUUCCUGUGACUAUGCACAAAUCUUCAGUGAUUUUGUUGGCUCUAGUUGUGUUUCUGGAGCGAAUUCCAAGGAUUAUGAGUUUGAUACUGGAGACUCCGAGAAGUUAUGUGCCCAGUGCUUACCCAUCAAAAACACAUUACCUGCUAAGUAUUGUAAUGCAGAUUCUGACAAUAAACACUAUGGUUCUGAUGGUGCUCUAAGAUGUCUCUCUACUGGGUAUGGAGAAUAUGCCGUAAUAACUAUUAAAGAUAUCGUCGAUUUUAGAGAUAAUUCAGAAAAUUUCCUAGCUCUUUCCAAAAAAGGUGAUGCAUUACCAAUCACUAAUUGGUUCGUUAAUCCCGAUUCAAUUUUAAAUGUGAUUAGUUUGGGUGAAGUAGUUGUUAAAAAUAAUACGUCUAAAAAAGAAGACAUCAUUCAACUAUUGAAAGCAAUUGACUUACAUUUUGGAGUUAGUCUCAAUAAACAGUUCAAAGUGUUUGAAACUUUUAAUGAAACCCAGGAUUUGUUGUUUCCUGAAUCUACAAUGGGCUUGGCAUUUAGUGCUGGAUCAGGAACUUUUGAUGAAAAUUUCCAAAGUCUACUGGAACGUUCUGAGCAGUGCGAACCAAAGAACGUCGCUACUUUUAUCCAAUGUAGCUUCUUUAUGACUGCUAUUAUUAUUUUUGUUAUUGGUAUAUUUAAUUGAAAUUUGUAUUGACAUUUACUUAUAUUUACCACAGUAUUUCGCAGUUUCUACAGUAUUCUUUCAUGGUUUUUAUUUAUAUACUCCUUAUUAUCAAUGAAAACUAUUUUGAUUUGAUAAGAUAUAAUUUAGAUAACUUAUAUAAAUUAUUUUUUUAUGUUAUUUGUUCAUUUUACUUGCAUAUUCCUCAAUAGUUGCUAUAUCGAAAUAUUACUAGUAUAGAUUGUUGUCCUUCUAACAAUCCUAAUUUGACACAAUAGAAUGUCGUUCUCCAUCUGUGCAGUUCAUGUAAAUUCAUUUCAGGUGUGCCGGACACACACGUACAUUGAUUACAGUUACUACAAGAUUUUCUUGUGAUUUUGUUUCUACACAAAUGGCAAUGUUCAGUGGUUGAGUUUUACGAUUUUCUAUUUCUCUUGAAAUUUACUUAGUAAUUUUUUAGGAAAGCCUUCAUGCGUUGUUUUAUUUGGGGUGAUAUGUGGGGUUUUUGGAACCAUUUCAACAUGAGAGAUCUUAUCAGAUGGUAUGCUACCUCCUCCAAAAAUUUUCAUGUCAUAUUAAGUACAUAUCUGAUCUACUAAAUCAACUUUAAAUUUAGUUUUAAUGUAAUCAGUAAUUAACUCUUGCUUCCGGUACCCUCCAGUAUCUUCAUCAAUAGUAAUGUCGUGAUGCAUUGUUGAUAAAGUCAGUAGAGCUUUGCUUUUUUUUGGCAAUGUGAACCAAAGUGCACUUUUCCUGGUGAAAAUCAAAUAAACAACAACUUAAUUGUCUACUUUUUUCGGCUAUAAAUUCUACCACCAUUUGGACCUUAUAUUUACGAAUCGUAACAUUGAUAUCAAACUUUUUUUUCUAGUACUUCCAUGGCUAAUGAAACGCUUGGAAAAUAAUUGUCAGUUGUAAUAUUUCUGCCCGUGCCUUCAAUAUAUUUCAAAAUACUGAGAGGGUAUAUAGUUUGUCCCGAUUUUCCUAAUUCUAUAUAAACAUUUCGAGUAGAUCUCUUAUGGGAGCUAAUUUGUCGAAAUAUUUUUUUUGAUUUCCAGUUAAAAUAUUAUCAAAUCUACUCCAUUAGAAACGAAAGCGAGAUACAGACACCGUUAAAUAUUGUCAAGUGUACUAUUAAUACCAUCUAAAAAAGGCAAUCCAAUUCAGAUUUGGAAGAACGAAUUACUCUUUUAGUCACCAAGUAUUUAUAUAUUAUACAUUGAAUGAUUUUUCUUUUAUUUAAACGUUUGUGUGCCCUUAUGCGCAAUUAGUACGCAAAACAACAAUUUGAAUUUUUGUACGAUUUUAAUUUUAUCAAAUUUAAAAAACAAUGAUAACAAUUAAUAUUCUUUCCACUACCCUUCAUUAAUCUUUAUCUAACUAAGGAUGAAAAAUGUCUAAAUUCUUGGAUGUGUUGCUGAUGAGAAAUCGAGCCAUUUGGUCGGGUGAAAGAGAAAGCAGAACCAAAUGUGAGAUACCAUAUCCUCGACUACUACGAAUCCCUAGAGAUAAACCUUCUAAAAAUAUUAAAGUUUCUUUCUAACAAGCAGUAAAAAUUAUGUACGACCAUUAAAACAUUUGCGUCUCCCACUGUAGCAAUAAACAUCGUGUGAAGCUCUUGAAUUUCUGGACACUGUAUGAAGAGUAUAAUAUACACAAACACGCUGAAUAUAAGAAAAUCAUACAUCAGCUCAUUUGUGAAUAUCAAAUCAUGUGUAAAUCAGCCCAUGUAAACCGACAAUUAUUCGGAGCUUAUCUAUCUACAGGAAUUGGGAAAUGACUACUGACAUCAAUCAUCUGCAGUGAUUUUAAGUUUAGACAUUAUUCAGAUCAAAAAUCUAAAUUUUAAUCAGUAACUGAUGUAAAAUAGCUUGUCGAAUAAUUAGAAACGUUAUCAAUUUCGAAACGCAAAAAUUGUCAGAUAAGUAAGUAAAAAUUCAACAAAUAACAUAAAGAAAUUCGGGUUGGUGACAUAAUAAAUAAAAUUUUCAACAUAAAUUUACUAACUAUUGUGGAUUAGAUUAUAUCCAAACUUGGUCUUGGUCGAUACCAUUUCUAAUCGAAAUUAUAAAUAAUGCAUCUUUUGUUAUUUCUUGAAAUGUGUGGCUGAUUGGUGUAAGGAUGAAUCCGAAUUCAUGAGUGAGCAUUUUUAUUCCUAAAGAGCUAUAUUCUUGUUAGUCAUGUUGUUCUACAUUUAUAAUUUCUACUCUUUAAAUAUGUAAGAAAAUGUAAAUAUUUGUUUUUUAACUAUUUUUGUUGAUCAUUGAUACAUUUAGGUUCCUAAAAGCUUCUUUAUACGGGAUAUACUAUGAUGGUUCACAGGUAUAACGGAAACUAAUGGUAAAUUUUUCUGAAUUUUCUUCUUCGUUUUAGUUUUUCGAGGAGCUCGUUGCAGUUGACAUAUUAUUUCUUUUAGACUUCCGGUUAUGCCGAAAGUAUAUACAUGUCUAAUAGCUCCAUUUUGUAGAUUUUCAAAUAUUUAUGAAGUUUCAAGCAUUCUUAUUCAGAUUAAAUCUAGUAGUUAAUAACCCUAUAGCUCCUUAUAUUUUACUUCUAGAUAAACAGCUGCUUGCCACAUAAGUUAUCUUAUUGAGCUGGUAUCCUUUCAAUAAAAGCUUAUAAUGAUUUUCAAUUAUUUUUAGCAGCAGUAAUUUCAAAACUAUAUUCCAUUUAUACAAAAUCAAAUAGUUUUCCUUCACUCAGCAACAAAAAAAUAUUUCGUUAAAAUAUCUUAGUUCUUCAUUAAGUGUAAUUUUUGCCAGUUUUCACACUUCCAUUCUAAAAUAUUUAAAUUUGAUUAUAUUGUGAUCAAAGUAGGCUGAGGGGAUUAAAACACCAGAAAUCUACUAUCUUCGCUUUUUUGCAAUCCUACAAUUUGCACAUUUUUUAUCGUGUUGUAUUAAUUUAUAUUACUUUGCAUUUUAUCUGCGUUACACUUAUUAAUUUUAUCAAUCUUAGCAGCUUAGAUUACUUUUGUGUAUAUUUAGUGUACAAAUUUUAUUAGGAUCUGAGUAACAUUUGCUUCAUAAAAUGUAUUUGGAAAAAUUCAAAGUUGUUUAAUGAAACAAUGUUAUUCAAUAAGGAACUAUUAAAUCAAACAGUUAUUAAUUAUCAAUAUUUUCUAUUAUGAUAAAGUGAGUUUAUACAUGUGGUAUUAUUAAACAAAUGAAUUUUUUAUGCUAAUACAUUAUGUGGUUAUAUAAUUUUUGAUAAAAAGAAAGAAAUUCAUUAUUGUUUUAUAAGGAUUGUGGAGAUAGUGUUAUUACAAUUAAAGAGUUGUAUUAUGUAAUGAAGGGUGUUUCAGAAAAAGUUCACCUCCGUCUCUAGGAUAGACAUAAAAAUGAACAAUAAUAAUUGGGACCUACUCACUAAAAAAAAAAUCGUAACACCACCCGUAUUCAAGAAAAAACUUAUACACAUUCUUUACAAUCUUGUCGAAACUACUGGCAAUAUUGUAAUGAAAUUUUCUAUGAAUAGAUUUUGGACGUUGACACAUCCCAUGAAUUAAUUUUUAUGUCUGACUUUCACAUAGUUACAUAGUUUGAAACAAGUAGUAUUGAAAAAAAACUUUUUUCAGGUUAGAUUUGUUAAUCAAACUUUCAAAUGAACUUGAACAUCAUUCAAUUUUACUUCAAAAAUGUAUUUUUGCUAAAACUCGAUGCUGUGUACUGUUUUUGGAAUAUUUUGAUUUGCAAAUUAUGAAGAAAUAACUUACGCUGGUAUAAAAUUAUAAUAAAACGAAAUUUAAUUAGUGUUCGAAAUGUCUUCCCCUCUUACGAUUAAACAAAUCUAUCCUUUUUUGUAAAAAAUUUAUUAAUUUUCUAAACGGUUGAGGAUCAGGUAUGAGGUCAAAGAGUCGUUGAAUUCUUUCUAUUUUUAACAUGAAUAUAACCAUCUGUAUAAAAAGGAGGUCUUGAUCAUGAUAAGGAUGUAGCCGUUGCCCUUUAAGUAUCCUCCAAGUACUUGAAGAAGACAUAUUUGUGUGUCUUACCAUAUUUCUUACGCUAACUGUUUAAUCUUGAUCAACUAAAUUUAUUUAUUAAUUUAUUAAGAGAUUUUGUGGUUCUUGGCCUACCAGAAUAUAUUUUGUUGGUCUCACAUUCCUAGUUUUUCGACGUCGUUCAAUAGCUCUAAUGUAUUUUUACUUGGUGAUUUUUUUCAAAGAAAUCAUUCUGUAUGACGCAUAACAGGUGUACUAGAGUUUCCUAAACAAUCGCCUAAAUUCAAUAACAUGUACUCAACAUUUGAAUAUAUAUUCAUAAAAAAUAUCUAAUUUUUCAAAUAACACAAAUAACAAGGAUUAAAAAAUCUAGUUAUUGUUGGCUUAUCGUCAUAACUAUAAAUAAAUGACAGUUUUUAUGGCAAAAUAAAUUAUACUGGUUAAUGAAUUUCUAUGAAAAAAGUUACACGAAAGAAAAGAUCCCAGUGCCAUUUUUUUAACUUUUAUCCGUUCUAUUAUGAGGUCUCAUUUAAGUGAGAAAAAAAAUUAAUUCACAUAUUAUCCUAAUUAAUAAUAAUUAAUUACUUUAUUAUUAUUUUAUACAGCUUCGGUUAUUACUAAUAAUUUUUACCAAGAGUACCUUUUUGGUGUAGGAUUGAAUGAUGUUUGAAUUCAUUCGAAAUUUUGAUUAAUAAAUUCAUUCUUAAAAAUGCUAUGUUCAAUACUACAAUACUUGGUAUGAACCGUGUAAUUAGAGCACCGAGAGACAUAUAAAAACAAUGUAUCAGCUUUCAAAACUUACUCCUAUAAAGUUUCAUUACAAUGCUGCUACAAAAUCGUAACAAAUGUCAAUUAUUUUUAUUAAAUGCUUUUAUCUUGAAGAGGGAUGGCAUUAAGAAACUUUUUUACCGAGUAAAGUACUUUUCAGUUUUCUAUCUAUUCUAAAGGUCGGAUACCCUGCUUUUGUCACACCCUAUAUAAAACGUUAUGCCUUACUUAUUUACUUAUAACUGAUAUAUUUGUAGCAAUUUAACAAAUGGCCUCUGGUGAUUCAACAAUCACUAUAAAAAUCUCGAAAACACCGUGUCUUACUGAUUUAUAAGAUCCAUUUGAUGUGAACAAAAAUAAGUAGAAAAGAGAUAGGUUUCCAAUGAUCACUGUUAUUUUGGCAUCUAUUUGUCUGAACACGUAUUUUUCUAUCACUAAACCUACGUUGAUAAUUUCUCUGUCCUUCCACUCUAGUAUGAAUCAACGAGUCAUGGAAGGCUCGAAAGACCAGAAGGUGUAAUUGUGACUUUUGGUAAUAUUGAGUAUGCAUAUCACCAUCGGUUCCAGAUGUAUCAUUAUAUUCAAUUUAAACAACUGUAUAAAAACAAACAAGUUUUGUUCAGAAACCUAUAAAAAUCUUUGUAUUGAUUGCCUUACAUUUUGGAAGCUUAUAACUUAUAAAAGUGAAACUAUUUAAAGUUACAGGAUAAAUCAUGUAUGUUUAUGUUAACAUUAUGAAGAAUAAUAAAUUCGGUGCUUGUACAAGUUUGUUAAGAAUAUCCUUAUAUCAUCAUAGGCCAAACAUGUCAAAAAUAUUUUUGAUAUAUUUUUUUCGAAUGUCAAAUCUAUUUUAUAUUUUUAAAGUUGUAAUAUAAAAUUUUCUACUGG